GUCCUACGCCAGUGCGGAGACGGCGUCUCUCCCGUACGCGACGUGGAAGAUAGAUAGAUAAAGACACCCGGGUGGCGUCGAGAAGUCUUUUUCAGACCUUCCAGGGCUCGCCUUGGCGAUCGCGGAUGACCCGCGACCGGCUGGAGUUGUCGUCGGCGCGUGGACUCCCCUGAGAAAGAGAGAUAGAGAUGUCGGACCAGGAGGAACAACAGCAGCAGGAGCCGCCGUCGGCGGCUACGACGCCGGAGCAGGUGCUGGCGGCAGGCGGGGUAUCGCGUCGGCGUCGCGGCGGCUCCAGCGCAGACGCCAAGAGACGCAGCCCGUCUGGCCAGCGAAAGAGGAGGGUGGCAACCCCCGUCGCCCCGCCGCCUACCACGGACGACGACGACGCCGAACCCGCGGUGAAACCGGCGCGGAAGACCGCCAAGGAGAAGUUGUCGUCGGCGACGAAGAAGAGGAGCCAGUCGUCACCCGGUGAAGCGCGGCAGGCGAUAACCUCUUCUUCUUCUACUUCUUCGACGACGACUACGACGACGACGGAGGUGGUCCGGGCGUCCGAGGACCCGGGCGGUGCCAUCCGGGAGAUCGAGGAGAGCAUCAAGCAGCUGGAGGACCUCGGCGGGAAGGUUGCCGAAGACGCCCCGGCCGAAGUUUCCGCGUCGGGAGCUGAAGAACCUCCGCCCAUCAUUUCCCCGGAGGUCCCAGAGGUCAAGAAGACACCCCGGGAGCCGAUAUGGGGCCCGUUCCUCAAGGACUGCCUGUCCGAGUGGCGACGCCUGCUCGCGGACCACCCGGAAGACUACAAGAAGGCGAUCCUCCUGGGUAACCGCUGCGCUGCCGCGUUGCUGCUGAUGGUGGUGUACCUGGGGCUGGGAGGUUUGACGUUCCGCUUCGUCGAGGGAAGCUUCGAGACGUUCUACAAGUGCGGCGUGAAGCGCGUGAAGCGGGGGCUGGUGGACGACCUGUGGCAGGGCAACCACUACAUGCCCGAGGAGGAGUGGCGGUCCCAGGCGCGCCGCAAGCUCAGGGAGUUCGAGGAGCAGCUACACGCGGCGCACGAGGCCGGGGUGCGCUCCUACAGCGGCCAGCGGAACUGGAGCUUCCUCAACGCCGUCGUGUACUGCCUCACCGUCGUCACCACCAUCGGGUAUGGACACAUCGCGCCGUCCACCAACACGGGCCGCGCCAUCACCAUCGUGUACGCCAUCUUCGGCAUCCCGCUGUUCCUCAUCCUGCUGGCCGACUUCGGCAAGCUGUUCACGCGCUGCAUCAAGUUCGUGUGGGCGCUGGUGCGGCGCGUCUACUACACCGGCAGCUGCAAGAAGGUGCGGCGCACCGUGCCCGUCCAGGAGGUGAUGAAGGGAGUGCAGCUGGUGUACGACUUCGCCACCUUCCAGCGCCGGCCCAGCCAGAUGCAGGCGGCCGAGGAGGAGAUGCAAGGGGCGGUCGACGACGAGCGACGCGAGGCCCACGUGCCUCUGCAGCUGCCGCAGCAGCUGCCGCAGCAGCUGCCGCCGCAGCACACGCUGGCGCAGCAGCAGCCGCCGACGCCGCACCUAUCCGUCGACGGUCUGGACCCGGGGACUCCGGCGCCCAGCAACUUCGAGAUCGACGACGAGUUCAACCUGCCCAUCUCCGUGGCCAUCGUGAUCCUGGUCAUCUACAUCUUCUGCGGCGCCACCAUCUACUGGAUGUGGGAGACCUGGGGGUUCUUCGAGGCCUUCUACUUCGUCUUCAUCUCCAUGUCAACCAUCGGCUUCGGAGACUUUGUCCCCGAGCAUCCCAUGUACAUGAUGGCAUCCAUCGUUUACUUGGUGUUCGGACUGGCGCUUACGUCCAUGUGCAUCAACGUUGUGCAGGAGAAGCUGUCUGACAGCUUCCGGCAGGCGAGCGCCAAGAUAGGGCGCACCAUCGGCCUGCAGGUGGCUGACGAGGACGGCAACGUGACGCCCAUUCACGUGGAGCUGCCCGCCGAGGGUCUGGCCAGGUCUGAGAGCCUCAACCUGCGCGAGAACAAGGUCCCGUCGCUGCUGGCGCCUCCGCCCAAGUCGAUGUCCACCUGAGGCUGCCCUGUCUCCGUCUCUCUCCAUAUCUAUCAUCUAACGUCCGUCUGCCCGGGAUCAGCCGACGGAUCUGCGACGAAACACGUUCCACGCCGUCCGAAAACACCUGAAUCUGACGAGGCUUUCGCCACCUCUCUUGGAGUGGAAGACCUUCUGACAUCACCACUUGGUCCACUUCGAUGGAUGGAUCUGCGACGAAACACGUUCACGCCGUCCGCAAACUCCUGAAUCGGACGAGGCUUUCACCACCUCUCUUGGAGUGAAGACCUUCUGACAUCACUACUUGGUCCACUUCGAUGGAUGGAUCUGCGAUGAAACACGUUCCACACUGUCCGCAAACUCCUAAAUCUGACGAGGCUUUCACUACCUCUCUUGGAGUGAAAGACCUUCUGACAUCACUACUUGGUCCGCUUCGAUGGAUGGAUCUGUGACGAAACACGUUCCACACCGUCCGCAAACUCCUGAAUCAGACGAGGCUUUCACUACCUCUCUUGGAGUGGAAGACCUUCUGACAUCACUACUUGGUCCGCUUCGAUGGAUGGAUCUGUGACGAAACACGUUCCACACCGUCCGCAAACUCCUGAAUCAGACGAGGCUUUCACUACCUCUCUUGGAAUGGAAGACCUUCUGACAUCACUACUUGGUCCGCUUCGAUGGAUGGAUCUGUGACGAAACACGUUCCACACCGUCCGCAAACUCCUGAAUCGGACGAGACUUUCACCAUCCCCUCUUGGAGUGAAGACCUUCUGACAUCACCACUUGGUCCGCUUCGAUGGUGAAGUCGUUAUGCUGACCUGAUAGCGAAGACAUUCGUUCGUUUGUGUCUCUGGAACUAACUACUUUCAGCAACUCAUCCCAGAUGGGCAUCUCCUCUUGAUGCGGAGAUACAUUAAUGCAUCCUCGAACCACCUCCAUGACAAUCGUCUUUGAUGGAUUUUGAGGAAGUUAGACCAUGCCACUUCACCGUCAGCGUCCUACACUUUUUGGUCAACGCGAACAAUGAAAAUACUUCGUUUAUGGAACUUUCCUCUUGGUACAUGGAGGACAUCCUGGGACCACCUCCGGGGUGAUCCGUCAAGCUUUUAUCAGCGAUGGAUUAUGUGGACUUUCGUACAUGUUCGUUUUGCCAUCCGCGUCUCAAAAUUUCGAUCCGUGCGGACGGCACCAUCUAUCCGUCUCAGGAUGAGACUUUUCUUCUUGGACAGUCGGAUAUUCUCAAACUCUUCCAUACCGACUCGUUGAUAAAUGUGUCAUGACAAAGAUCUAUGACGAUAUUUCGACCAUGCCGCUUCAUUGUCCAUGCACUUAGCCAAGGAUUCUUAGGCACUGGUUACUUAGGACCAACUGGUUCUUUACUUAAGGUUUUGGCAAAUCUCAGACAUAUUAUUGGUAUUUAUUUCAGGAAAUACGCGAGGGGGCAUGAAAAAUUUAAUCUGACAAAUAUACAUAAACUUAAAAACUUAUUAACUGAUAAUUUUAAACAAUUUCAUGUUUAUUUGAAGAUUAAAUAAUGUAACUAUUAUGUAAAAAUAGUCCAUUAGAAAGUUUAUUAUUUAGACUAAAAGCUGAUAAUUUAAAAAAAAUAUUUAAAUUUUUUUGACACUCAAAAUAUUAAAAAGACUGCAUAAUCCAGCGGACUAUUCUUUAAGAACCACUACCCUAAAUUUGAAUCAUUGCGAACAGCUAUUACUGCCACUACUAAUACUGCUACUUCUAUAAUGUCUACUACUUCUACUACAUCUACUCAUACUUUUUCUCCUUAUCCUCCUUCUCCUCAUCCUCCUCCUUCUCAUUAUCCUCCUACUUCUCAUCAUCCUCCUACUUCUCAUCAUCCUCCUACUUCUCAUCAUCCUCCUACUUUUCCUCAUCCUCCUCAUCAUCCUCCUCCUUCUAAUCAUCCUCCUCAUCCUCCUCCUCCUUCUAAUCAUCCUCCUCAUUCUCCUCAUUUUCCUCAUCCUCCUUCUCAUCCUCCUACUUCUCAUCAUCCUCCUACUUUUCAUCAUCCUCCUCAUCAUCCUCCUUCUAAUCAUCCUCCUCAUCCUCCUCCUCCUUCUAAUCAUCCUCCUCAUUCUCCUCAUUUUCCUCAUCCUCCUUCUCAUCAUCCUCCUUCUCAUCAUCCUACUUCUCAUCAUCCUCCUACUUCUCAUCAUCCUACUCAUUCUCAUCAUCCUCCUCCUCCUCCUUAUCCUCCUCCUCAUCCUCCUCCUCAUCCUCAUCCUCCUCAUCCUCCUCCUCAUCCUCCUCCUCAUCCUCCUCCUCAUCCUCCUCCUCAUCCUCCUCCUCCUCCUCAUCCUCAUCCUCAUCCUCCUCCUCCUCCUCCUCCUCCUCCUCAUCCUCAUCCUCAUCCUCAUCCUCCUCCUCAUCCUCCUCCUCAUCCUUCUCAUCUCCCUUGUUGUCUUCACUCUCUUUCUCAUGUUCUUCUUCUUGCUCUUCCUUGAAGAGGCUUUCCUGUCAAUACAAGGAUGGCUGUAUGAUACUAUAAGUCGUAUAUUUAUCGCCAUUUUUCCAGCAAUGAAUCGCAAGGUAUUCGCCCACACUAUUUUGUCAUUUCAUAAGGUGGAGUCUCACACAGAAUGUUUUUUUUUUCUCGGAGUUACAAAUAGUAAAGGGCAGUUUCUGUAAAUUUAACACUAUACCUCUCUUAUCUUUUCUUUUGUGUCACAUAUAUUUUCAAUAGAUAUUAACUAUAUGUGAUUAAUUGCUGUAAAAUAUCGCUUAAGUAAUAAUAAUUACAAAAACAUUGCACAACUAUUUACGCACAUUAUAUAACACUUGGUAAAUAUCUGUUUAAAAUAUUUGUUAUAGAAAGGCAAAUGCAAAAGAGGCAGUCUUUUAAAUUUAUAGAAAUGGCCAUUAAAUAAAAGUUAUUAAGAGAAAACAAAAAAAAAGAAAAAUUGGCAUCAACAAUAACACAUCUAUGAGACAAUCUAAAUUCUCCUUUGAUCAAGGAUGGCCAUUUCCUCCUACCUUUUCAUCACACAUUCGUCAACCAACUGUGGGUGACGGCUUUGGAAAGUACAGUUUUCCUCGCCACUGUUUACAGUGUCACGUCAGUGAUUUAGAAAAUUGUAUUCCUAGGUUUCUCUCCGCAAAACAUUUCUCUGGGUUGAUGACGGAUUAACAUUCUCAGACGUAAGGCUUAAUUCAGGGAAAUUCUUCAACCAACUGUUGGAGUAAAAGUCAGCGAGGACCGUUGUACACAUAACUUUCGGAGCUGCACUAUCAUGAGUCUGUGUAAACCACACUAAACUGUAGUAAUACUAAUCACAAUAAAAAAAGAUCGUAGCACUGGAUUUUACUGUCAUUCAGUGUCCAUGAUACUACAGGCAAAAUUGUCAUCACUCUUUAUAGUGGUAUGCACUGUCAUUUACUUCAACAGCGGAAUACACUGUAAUUUAAUGUAUGUUGCAGUACAAAAAUGGUUUUAUGUCACUUGCUCUUUGGUGUGGCAGAAUUCGUUGUUAUUUACACUCUGCUCAAAUUUGAUAAAUACAUUUAAAAAAUAGUACAAGGAGAAGUUGUGGCACUUUUCAAAAUUUUAAUUAAUGUAAAGGGUUUUAUUGUGGGAUCCAACCAAAAACCUAAAAAAAAAAAAAAAAAAAUGCAGAUGUUUAACUUUUAUCCACAAACUUCACGAUAUGAUGUCAGAAAACCAUUGCUUUAACGAAUAUUGUAUGUUGAGUUUAUUAUGUUGCACAAAUGUUGUGUACUAAUGAUCUUGAAAAGUGUAACUUAAAAGUUUAUUCCAUAGAAAAAUAAAUUUGAUUACAGAUAACUUUGUUAUGAAGUGUUCAUAUUAGAGAUACAAAAUGUUUAGUUACAUUUAAAAACUAUUAAUUUUUAAAUUGUGGAAUUGUUAUACCAGGCAGUUUAAAUUUCAUGAUAAAAAGUGUUUAUGUGAUAAGGAAAAGUCCAGCUGUCAUGUAUCAAACCUAUUUGCCAUCUUCCUAAGAUACAUAGAAUAUUUGUUCUUACAAUGAAUAUUUUCUUGUUCCUCGAAGCGAGUUUGCAUCCCACGAGGGUCAUAAGUUUGAUGAUAAUUAUGAGCCUAUAAGCAUAGAAUAUAACUAGUUAAACAUGUGGUUUAAUGCCCACUACGUUCACCAAAUGUAUUUUUGGUGUCGAAAGUCAGUUUAUAUUGGAUGGGACCUAUUAAGAUGUGUAACAAAAUGAAAUUGUUUUAUAUUGUUAACCCAAAUGUUAGAUAUUUAUAACUGUUUACAAAUUUUUAUGUAUUUGAAAUGAAGCAUUUUCGCUCAGGUUAUGAAACUGAUGCACUCUUACAUUAUGAUACCUUCGAAACUAUAAAAUAAUAAAGUCCUGUGAAGUAUUCUCGAAGAGGUGACGAAACACAAAAGGUGCUAAGCUUGCAAAGAAAAGUAAAAUUUUAAAUAUUCUCAUUAUGAUGGGUAUUGAAACCAUUUAUAGAGUGGUGUACUUUUUAUGUAGGCUAACACGUGAUUUACAAUAUUCAUCUAUGUACAUCACACUAUUUAUUUUUAAAUACUUGGUUCUUCUUUAUCGGAGUGUACAGACAGACAAUAUUGCUCAAAAGGUGUGAUCUCGACAGUAGUAUUAGCAUAGUUUCUGCUUCAGAGUUUAUUAUUUUUAACUAUGCACAAAAUAUUAACGGGCCUACUGCUAAUCAAAACGCCGUGUCUUGUACUACAUAGAUGAAUUUUUUUUCUGUGAGAAUGUAAAAUUUUAGUUUUAAAAAAAAUAUGAGGGUUUUUGUAUUUUGCAUCUCUAAAUAUUUAGAUUGUGUUAUUUAAAGAGACGAUUGUUUGUGUGUAAUUGUCACUAUUUAUGAUACGUACGUGAGUUGAACCAGGGUAUUUGCUUUCUGCAUGUUUAUGUCAAAUUAUCUGUGAUACUUGAGCCAUUCUAAUAUCAGUCAAUCACUGUAUUUCACUGGUGACUUGUGCUUUUCAAACUAUACAUCAGCAAUUAUUGUGAAGCGAUCAAUAAACAAUUUUUUUUAAACUUAUCAAACUGUACAGAAAACAACUUGUAAAUUACUUUGUUAAAUCAGAAUUCAUUUAACCAGUUCAGGUGUGGGGAUUGUACUUAAUUACUUUACUUUCUCUCAUAAGUAGGAAUAAAAAUUUUAGUCUGAAUGUCCAUCUCGAAAAAUAGUGUGUCAACAAGAUGUUUUGCUUAUGAAAAUAUUUUACAAAAUGUUACAAAAUUGUAACAAAUAAAUAACUUAAUUUUUAACUUUGAUUGUAGUUUAUCUAAACGUAUUUUUCAGUCGUUCUGUUUUCAGUACUUUACUCUGUGUGAAGCUUCUAUAUUGUAAAUGUUUUGUUACGCAAAAUAAUAUCACUGCGCUAUUGCUUGAGCUUUUGAUGAAGUACACAAUGAAAAAUGAUAAACAAUUUUUAAAACCUUGUUGACAUGUCUCCCUCUCACUCUCUGACUUGUAUAAAACGUUUAUUUUAUAUAAUGAUACGCUUUUUUGUAAACAUAUGCCACUGUUCACAAACAUAUUUUCAAAAGGCUGAAAUAGGUGCUGUAUUGCUUUCAGUAAUCGUGCAGGGAGCUUUGACUUUAUUUGUGUGAAUAAAUUAAGAAUAUUA